UAUACUUGUAUAUAUACCUAACUUCUCCAUCAAAUUCUCUAUUGCUUUAUCUUCUUCUUCUUCUUCUUUCUUCUUUCUUCUUUCUUCCUCUUCCUUCUGUUUCUUGGCUUAUAUAUGCACAAAGAGUAGUUUUCUUCCUUCUCUUCUUAAUUCCAACUCCUAGACUUUGCUUUUUGUUGAUCGGAAAUGUCGGCUCAACUAGCACCGGAACAAGUUUGCUAUGUUCACUGCAACUACUGCAACACUAUCCUUGCGGUUAGUGUUCCAGGAAACAACAUGUUCAACAUUGUUACAGUGAGAUGUGGAUAUUGUACCAAUUUGCUGGCUGUCAACAUGGGAGCUAUGCUCCAAUCCAUCCCUCUUCCUAAUCUUCAGAAUAAUCAGAUUAAUGUUUCUGAGAACAUUCACAUGGAUUCUGGUUCUUCAUCCAAAUGCAAUAGAAUAUCUAUGAUGAACUCCAUGGGCAGUGAUCACCAACGAAUGCUACCAAUUCGUCCACCGGAGAAGAGACAGCGAGUUCCUUCUGCUUAUAAUCGGUUUAUCAAAGAGGAGAUACAAAGGAUUAAAUCUAUCAAUCCAGAUAUCAGUCAUAGAGAAGCUUUCAGUGCUGCAGCAAAGAAUUGGGCUCAUUUUCCGAACAUACAUUUCGGUUUAACACUGGAUGGAAACAAAGAAGCGAAGAUCGAUGAAGUGAUCACUGCACAAGCAGCUCAGAAAUCAUCUCAAGGUUUCUUUUGAUCUCAUGAGCUACUGCAUGCUGUUUCAUUUGUGAGUAGUUGCUACUAUGUUUUAAUAAUUUAUUGCACUUAUAAGAAAAGUUCUAAAUAUUGUUGAGUGUGAAGCUAAGUACUGUUAUAAUUUGAGAGCAUUGAACACUUUUGAGUUUGUUUUGA